UAUCCGCCUUACUACGUUCUUCGUAAAUGUCUGAUUGUAACCAGGUUCAGGAGAUGCUGUCGAGAACAUGCGAACUUUUGUCGUAUUCCUCUGUGUUUUCGUAGUAUUAUUGGCUAUUGCUUUUAACAGAGUAUACCAAAGAUUAUUCAACGUUGCAUUACCAGACGAUUUUCCAAUAAAUUCAACAUGGCAAUUCAAGUUGGUUGGGUUUAGUUUCGUGUUAGCAAGGGACCUGGCUUAUAUUGGUUCUUUAUUUCGACUGGGUGACAACUAUUAUGCAAAUAUCGUAUCAGUGCUUGCAUUUACAAGUGGAUUGUACAAGAACAAUAGUUACUCUGAUGUUUUGGAAAUAAAUGACACUGAAAUAUUUGGUGUUCGUGUGAGGAUAUUCAAACCGGUGAAUAAAACUGAUGAGUCUCCUGGAAGCAAAUCUAACGAAGAAAUUCUUUUACCAGGAGUAAUUUACUUUCAUGGUGGAGGCUGGACCAUAGGUAGCUUAGACGGAUAUGAUGACUUCUGCCGUAGACUUGCAGUGUCAGCUCAAGUCAUUGUUGUGAGUGCGGACUACAGGCAAGCUCCUCGGUAUAUUUAUCCAACACAGUUUAAUGACUGUUACAAUGUAGCUGUUGGCCUCCUCAACCAUGGAAAAGACCAUGGAGUUGAUGUCACACGAGUCAUGUUGGUUGGCGACAGUUCUGGUGGAAACUUGGCAGCAGCAGUUUCUCAUUACCUGGCUGAAGUCUCUGAGAUGCAUUGUAGGCAGAAUUAUUUGCGAGCACAAAUUCUCAUCUAUCCUGCUUUACAGUUCCUGGACUUUAACUUGCCAUCAUACACUGCCAAUGCAGUCAAUGACAUACUCUCUCAAGAAGACCAUGUCAAUUUUGUUUCGCUAUACCUUAAUGGCUCCGCAGACCUCGUGGAGAUUCUUCUGUCUGGGAAUCACUCACAACAUCUCAUCAAAACAAAGUAUAUGGGGUAUCUGAAAAAGUCAACACCAGGCAUUACAUGGCUUCCACAACCAAAAACAACACUACCACCUGUUCUACUGGAAGCUUUGACCCAAUCUAAAGCAUCUCCUUUAAUGGCACAAGACUUUAGAGGAGUACCUCCUACUUUUGUUAUUACAGCAAACUUUGACGUUUUAAGAGAUGAAGGCUUCCUGUAUGUAGAACGAUUGCGAGAUGCAAACAUUGAAGUCCAGCACAAGAACUAUCAAUCUUUUCAUGGGUUUGUGACAUUAGCUACUGAAGGAGGACCAGCCAGAACAGCUGAGGGAGAUGAAGCAUUUGCUGAUAUUGUACAAUUUGUUAAAAACAUGGUUUCCACCUAGUUUUGGUAGUCAUAACACACUUGAUCUUAGCUGUGGGAAUAGUACAAGAAGUCUGUAUUUGACACCUGACCAGUUCAUGCGUUGUGUUCUUUGGCAACAUGCUCCCUCCCCACCCAGGGCCUAGUGGUUCAAAGGCUGAUUGGCGCUAAUCCAGGGUGAAAUUUUUAACCCUGGUUUCUCCAUUUCUUAGUUUAAAAGCCUUUUCCAGAUAGUUUUCUCUUUUCUUUUCAGAAUGUCUAAUUAUCAAAUUGUAGACAAAAUAAAUUCUGUUAAAUUUUCUUUCAAAACUUUCAGAUCUAAAAUCAGAUUUCUCACUAAGCCUGGGCUUUCUUAACCCACCUUUGAACUACCCAAUCCAGGGGGCUAAGCGGUCAUGGAGACUUUACAAACUGCCAUGGAAAUCUGUAAUGGA